CAACACUAGUCCACUUAACCACCGCUUCCUUCGCCUUCCAAAACAAAAGGAACCCCACCACCGCUCUUCCGCGCUUCGCUUCUCUCGCCGUCUCGCGGCUGCGCGGCGCGGCGCUCUCAUCCAUCCCCUCCUCCCGCUUCCCCCACCCGCCGCCCGAUCUCGACGGCGGAUCGCCCCGGGAUGGGCUCCGACGAAGACGAGCUGCUCGACGACGAGGAGUACUACUACUACUGCAGCGACGGGGAGUGUAGCGGCGGCGGGAGCGGGAGCGACGAGGAUGAGGAGUUCGGGGGCCGCGGGAGCGACGAGGGCUGUGAGGCCGACGAGGUCGUCUCCACGCGCGAGCAGAGAUAUGUUGUGUUGACCGAAGAUGAUAUACGCGAGCGACAAGAGGAAAUGAUAAGCCGUGUGUCUGCAAUAUUUUCAGUUCCAAGGGAAUCAGCAUGCGUCCUCCUUCGUCACUACAAAUGGAGUAUUAGCAAGCUAAGUGAUGACUGGUUCGCAGAUGAAGAAAAUGUCCGCCGUUCUGUUGGCUUGCCAUCAAAUGUUGUUCAUGUUCCUGACUGUCCUGAGCUAACUUGUGGAAUAUGUUUUGAAGGAUGUGCUGCAAAUGCAAUGAGCUGUGCUGGUUGUUCCCAUUUCUAUUGUCAUGAAUGUUGGGAAGGGUAUAUUAGUGCUGCAGUAAAUGAUGGUCCAGGGUGUUUGGUGUUGCAGUGCCCUGAACCAUCUUGUGAUGCAAUCGUUCUUGAAGAUAUGAUUAAUAGUCUGACGAAAGAUGAGGAUAAAGUAAAGUAUGCACGAUUUGUAUUAUGGUCAUAUAUUGGAGUUAACAACAAGAUAAAAUGGUGUCCAGCUCCUGAUUGUACCUGUGCAGUUGAGUUUCUUGGUGAUGGUAACUAUGAUGUCUCAUGCAAAUGCAAAUUCAGUUUUUGCUGGAAUUGUGCAGAGGAAGCUCAUCGGCCAGUUAGCUGUGACACAGUCUCAAAGUGGAUACUAAAGAACAGCGCAGAAUCUGAAAACAUGAAUUGGAUAUUAGCUUAUUCUAAGCCCUGUCCGAAAUGCAAACGACCUAUAGAGAAGAAUCAGGGAUGCAUGCAUAUGACAUGCACUCCUCCUUGUAAAUUUGAGUUUUGCUGGUUAUGCCUAGGUGCAUGGUCAGAUCAUGGAGAUGGGACUGGUGGCUUUUAUGCUUGCAAUCGUUAUCAAUCAGCAAAGAUGGGAGGCAUGUAUGAUGAGGCUGAAGCAAGGAGAGAGAGAGCUAAAAAUUCGCUUGAGAGAUACAUGCAUUAUUAUGAGCGCUGGGCGUCCAAUCAAACAUCAAGGCAGAAAGCACAAGCAGAUCUGCAAAAAGUUGAAAAUGAAGAUCUUACAAAGUUAAGUGAUGUUGUUGGUAUACCAGAGACCCAACUAAAGUUCAUACCUGAAGCUUGGUCACAGAUCAUAGAAUGCAGGCGAGUGCUGAAAUGGACAUAUGCUUAUGGGUACUAUCUACACAACAAAGCGAAGAGUGAUUUUUUUGUGUACCUCCAAGGUGAAGCUGAGUCUGGUUUGGAGCGUCUUCAUAAAUGUGCCGAGAAGGAUAUGCGUGAAUUUUUACCUACAGCGGAUUCCACUCAACCUUCUCUUUCAUUGCAAGACUUCGGUGAAUUUCGUGUGAAGCUUUCUGGUCUAACAAGCGUAACCCGCAACUACUUCGAGAACCUUGUUCAAACACUGGAAGCGGGUCUGCAGGAUGUCCGCGCUACAGACCAAUCAGCUUCAGUCAGUACCUCCAGCUCCAAGAAGCCUCCCACCAACACCAAGGGGAAGUCAGGGCGGAGUAAGGUGGCGAGAACAUCGCAGGAGCGCUCAGGCGACAGAUGGCCAUGCGACCGCUGCACUUUCAUCAACCCGUCCUCUACGAACUCAUGCAACAUGUGCGGCAGGAACAAGCCCCGCCGCAGAUAGGAAGAUUGGUCAAAAUGCAGUUGUGCAAAGGAACACCUUCUCACUGGGAUUCUGGUCGAACAAAGUGGUGCUCAUUUGGCCCAACACUCUGGUGCUAUGAACAUGAAGCAGACUCUCCCAGGGAUCUGAUGAUGCUCAGAGGAGAUGUAAGAAACGAACAAUCUCAGGAAUGCAGCGCAAGAGGCUUGGACAAAAUUAGGUAGUAGUAAAACAUAUAUGCGUGUGUGUUGUUAGCUGUAAAUAUUACUUCAUGGAGAAAAUUAGGAAAGUACCAGCCUGGAAAAUCUGCGAGUUAUAAAAUAGGAUUGCAUGUGAGAAUGACAUGUGGGGUCCUCACAUGUGAUUGUAUUUUUCAACUUCGUGAAUUCAGCUAUGGUUCAAAUUAAAAUUGGCCUGUAUGGAUGAGUGGUUCCAUUAAAUUGGCCUUUGCUGUAUUCUGCUCUCAGAUUGGAAAAGCUUAACUGUUUAAGUUUGGUGAUUUCAAUUCUGACCUGUAAAUUGUCCUCUAUUUUUUUUUACAGCCGUGGAAACAAAUUCUUAUGAGAAAGCCCAUUUUGCCCUUUGUGCUUCAGAACAUCGAGCCUACAGGACGAUGACUCCACACGGAUCUGACGACCGGAGCUCAGAUGAUGGGAGGAGCUGGUCAAGGGCACACUUCAGCCUGCAAGUGGGGUGGGUCGACCCGUUAGGUCCGUGGCCCGAACCUAAAUUUGUGGCACUAAUAGGUUUUCGGGCCGGCCCAUAUUUUCUUAGGUGACAAUGGGUCCAGGAGUCAGUUGACCCUAGGGGUUUUUGGGUCGGCCUUGUUCGAGCGCUCCGCUUGCUCGCGUUCACAUGGCGGCGGCGGCUUUAGGGCUCCCGGCCUGAGACGGUGCGGCUCCACCGCGGAUCGAGCCGGCGGCGGUGGCUCCCGGCGGAGGCGGCAGCGGUGGCGGCACGGCUCCAUCACGGAUCGAGGUGGCGGCGGCGGCUCCCGGCGGAGGCGGCGGCGGUGACAGCUUCGACUUCGCGGUGUGCUCCACCGCGUUUUGAGGCGGCGGCAGCUGGGCGUGCUCCUUCAGUCCUCCUCCCGUCUCCAACUCCCCCCAAGACUGUUCCUUCUUUCGGCGGCGGAUGGAGGCACCGGCGGACGGCGGCUACCUGCUUGGUGGCCAACCGGCGAGGUGCUCCGGAGGACACUCCACCGGCAGCAACGGCGAGGGUUUCGGAGGACACCCGGCCACAUCGCCAUCUUCAUCUAGCUGGGUUUCUCUCCCUCGUGAGCACAGGUAUGAUUUCCAGAUGAUGGGAGGAGCUGGUCAAGGGCACACCGCACACUCGACCUGCAGGACGAUGGCACCAUGUGCUUUUUGUUUUUCUGAACGAAUCGGCAAACUGCCAAUUUCAUUGAAUAAAGAAUGAAGAAAACUUUACAAGUA